UGGAAAGUCAUUGCCAUUAAUGUGGAGGAUCCUGAUGCCGCCAAUUAUAACGAUAUUAAUGAUGUGAAACGCCUGAAACCUGGCUACCUAGAAGCUACUGUGGACUGGUUUAGAAGGUACAAGGUUCCUGAUGGAAAACCAGAAAAUGAGUUUGCUUUCAAUGCAGAAUUUAAAGAUAAGGACUUUGCUGUUGAUAUUAUUAAAAGCACUCAUGACUAUUGGAAAGCAUUGGUGACUAAGAAAACAGAUGGAAAAGGAAUCAGUUGCAUGAAUACAACAGUGGCUGAGAGCCCCUUCAAAUGUGAUCCUGAUGCUGCCAAAGCUAUUGUGGAUGCUUUACCACCACCAUGCGAGUCUGCCUGCACAGUACCAACUGAUGUGGAUAAGUGGUUCCAUAACCAGAAAAACUGAGGUGAUUCCUCUGGAAUACAAGCUGAUAUUGCUGCAUCUUACUCAUCUGGAAAUACUAGAUGCAAAAGUAGUAGCCUGACAAAGCUUUAAGUUUAUAGAACUUCUCUAACUAAAGCAAAUUCUGCCGUGACCAGUCUGAUAUAUUCAGAAUGUUACCUGUCUAAGAGCAUUUUUUGUAUCUCAACUGAGGUAACUAGUACAUGCUAAAAUAUCAAAGCAGUUGUAAUUUGGAAGUCAUUUGUGAAUAGAUGUGCAAACUGAGCACAUAUUAUUGGAUGUACAUGUUUACCGUGAGUUAGAAAAUAAAAUUAUUUUGCUGAA